AUGGUGAACAGUAUAGGCUUCCUGUUUGCGAGGCUGGGACUCAGCGAGGGCCAUUUCCAGAGCCAAGACGAAGACAUGGAAAAGGUUCUGCCUCAAGGUCUUCAUUAG